GUGAGGCUCAGUGGAGACAGGGGCGCACAACAGACAGAGCUGGAAUUGCAGAGGCAGAGACGCACGGGCGCACGGUCGACAUACUGGGGAGUCCCGUGCCUGUCACAAAAAACAGAGCACAGUGCUCGAGCGCGGCUGUCAGCGCAUGAAUUGGGGAAAAGACUGAGAACCAAUCUCUCUUCUACACAUUUUGUCCAUUUUCCCAUGCCUUUGUGUUUUUGCUUUCCCAUCUUUGUUGGUGCAGAUAUUGCUGUGAGCCAGAGGAUCGGUUUCCGUUGAACUGCACGAGACGGUGGCGCGCGACGGCAGGAGACAGCGUUUACAUUGAUGUGGGAGGACUGUCUCCCUCCGACGCGGGAAGCCCAUAUGAAGGGGGAAUGCUGCUCACUGACGGCUGCAGCCGUCAAGGCAAAUGCUCCGUGACCCGCGCAAGAAGAGGAGCAAAGCACCACCACCGACAGCCGCAAGAGCUCGCAGCACCGCCAGCCACCGUUGACACCGCAACAGCUCCAGCAAACAGCGCGAACCCUCAGACUCUCUUUCUCCCGUGCAGCCAUGGGCAGAAGACAGGAGCAGAGGGGAGAGAGAGAAGUAUGUGAGCUCUCCACUGCAGUAUUGAUGACCCAAUGAUCCCCUGCAGAACAGAGCCAGUCAGGCAGACAGAGUGAGGCUCAACUCAGAAUCAAAAUCAGAAUCAGCGCCACUCUUCGGUAAAAGCAGCCAAUUUAGCAGGAUAUGAAUGGUCCUUGAAUAUUUGUGCCAGCUUUUACAUGAAGAAAACUACAAGGGAAAAAUGUUCCUCUUCGUGCAGUAUCAAAUGUCCCUCUUUUUCUCCCUCAUAUCCAGCAAGACUGUAUACUGAAUGAGUAGGUUGUCAGAUCACCUACAUUCAUGCCAAACUGGGGCUCCAGUGGGCUUUAGUGGGACUCAGGCAAAAGAAAAAGCAUUGUUGGUGGGGCUGGAGAGACUGGCAGGGCCAGAGCUCUGGACCAGGGAGUUUGGGCCCCAGGAGGGGUCCGAGAAUCCCUUCAAUGAUGUACUGGCACCAUUGACUUCUGACAAUUUCCUCCCCUCCUCUCCUGCCUCCCUGGCAAACGGCCUCCAUCUACAGAGAAGGCUGGGGCUCAACCCCUGCCGGCGGAGGCCGUUGGAGACACACACUACGCCUGAGACAGAAGCAUUUGCAGAGACUUUUAGAAACAUGCAAACGGACAUAGACCAAGAUGUCAAUGCACAGGCUGUUUCACGUAUGGAUAGCUGUGGACAAAUGGAUAUCAAUUCACAAAUGGUAUCUGUAGGAUCAGAAUGUUCAAGAACUCUCUCUCCAGAGGCCAAGCACACAACCUUAUCUCCACCUCUGUCUUUGGCACUUGGCAAUCAUCUGGCCUCCACCAAACAGGUGGUAGACUCAGUCCUGACUGCAGAGACAGACAUGCCUUCAACCUUUUGUCCAAUCCCUAUUGAUCAAAACCCAAACACAGACCUCUCUGCUCUUCCUGCUGAGGCUGAGAAAAAGUAUGCACUCCGCAGCUCUGGGCGUCCUCGAUUUCCCUGUCACCUGCGCAAAUCCUCCCGCCUCCGGCGAAGUAUGGAGGAUGGGGAGAAGAAAGCAGGAAGGGAAAGAGAAAGAGAGGAGGAGGAUGGAGUUUUACAGGAGAAGAUUUGGAGGGUUAGAGAGGAAGAGGUAGCUGUUGGUGAGAAUCAAGAACAUUCUUCUGUGGGGGCUGUUCUCCCCCAAACACCCUUCCCUACAGACAUUCCUCUUCCCUUAACUGUUCCAAAACCUGUCCCUAGAGCUACACCCAAACCUGGGCCCAAAGUUGGGCAUAGACCUGGGCCUAAAUCCAGAUCUAGGCCUGCACCAAAAUCUGUCCAAAAAGCAGGUCCCAAAAGUGUGAUGAAAAGGCGACAGGCAGCACAGUCCUUAGCUCAUCAUAUUACCUCUCAUCUCACAUUUACAAACACAUCCUCUAUCCCUUCACCUCUGCUAACUGUGAAGAAGGAACCUGUUGCAGAGAUGGGGGUAACUCCUGCCAAUAACCAGAGACGCAAGCGUUAUGUCGGAGUAAGGAGAAUUAUUGUCAAGGUUGCUCGCAUUCCUGUCAACCUUAGCCGUCGACAAAAGAGCUACAAAAUUUCCAAUUUGGAGACAAUUACAGGGACAGACAAAGUCAAUGACAGUGGUUCAGUUGCCACAGAAGCAGUACGAGAGCCAACUGCACUUCUACGUAUGAAGAAUAAUGGAAAGAGUGUUAUGGUGAUGUUCCCUCCUGGAGAACUGCCUGUAAUUCUCAAACGCAGGCGCGGUCGUCCACCUAAACAGGCCCAGCCGGGAAUACCAGGAGAGCCUUCGAAUCCCGGGACUACUCUUUGUAAUGCAGACCAGCCAACCAAGAAGCCCCAGAGGAGACGUCGGACUAAACUCCCUUCCCCUUAUCCUUCCUAUGUUAAUGAUACUAACGAUGUGAAAACAGAGUAUGGAGAUGUUCUUUCAAAACUGGCAUUUUUAAACCGCCAGCCCCCUGCAACUGGCCGCUGUUCUCCCCCACGCUGCUGGACACCCAGUGAGCCAGAAAGCUUUCAUACCCCCUUGGAAAACCCUGGAAUAUCCACCCUGCUCCAUCGGCUCACUGGGACUAGACGCGCUAGAGGGGGCAGAGGAGGGGGCAUUGGAAGGGGUGGAGGAGCAGCAGGGGGAGUUGGGGGCAAAGAGAGCAAUAAGAGCACCUUCAGUGACUUCUUUGAAUCCAUUGGCAAGAGGCAUAAACUGAGCCCUCUGUCUGAAUUUGGUUUACCUAGGAAAAGGGGAAAGGGUGCAGGUGGGGUUGGCAGAGGAGGGGGUAUUGUAGGAACCGAGCCGGGAGGAGAGAAAAUAGUCAAGAAGAGACGAGCAAGAAAAAAUGGUGCAUUAAAAGGAGAGGGAGUUUCAAUUGGACAAGACUGGCCCAAUGGGUCAGGUGGCUGGGGGGAGGAGGGGGGAAUUGGAAAGGAAAAAGGUUUUGGUGGGUUUCAGUUCUGUGGAUCACCAAGAGGGGGCUUUUCCUCCUGUGAGGUUAGAAGGGGAGGCAUUUAUAGCAGCCAAGGAGGAAACAGAGGGGUUGGGCCAGUAGGGGACGACUCACAAGGCCUUUUUGCUGGAUAUUUCCGGUCACUACUUGACUCUGAUGAUUCAUCUGACCUGUUGGACGUUUCCUCCUCGCAAUCUGACCCCCGCAAAGCUUCAUCAACUCCUGGUUAUGAGCCAUCUAGUCCAGCUACGGGGCCCAGCUGGUCCCCAGCAUUCCCCAAGUGGUGCAGCAAGGCUGCAAAUUCUGGGGUGGAUGGUUCAGCCCAGACCAACUGCCCCUCAGCCAGGCCGCCAUACAGCUAUGCCAGCCUGGCCCAAACAUCCCCAACCACUACUGCAUAUCCCAAAUCAACUCCUCCAUCUCUCUCACACUCCCCUAGCUCCCCUCACCCUGCCUCUUUUGGCCAUUACUCUCCUGGUUACUCCUCCACUUCUCCUGCAGUGCCACAGAGAUCCUCAGACUGCAGCUUUACAUAUGGAUCUGGACAAGGCAGUGGCAAAGCCAGUGCUGUUGGUCAAAUGGGUUUCUCUAAUUACCAGACAGGGGCCAAGCGAGGCUAUGGUGGAUACUCUGUAGCAGGCCAUUCCUCCAUUGUGAGAGGAGAGUCAACAGGACCCACAUCACCAGGAGGAGGGUACAUGUCUGUGGCCAAAGGUAGCCCCUUCAGCUCCUCUUCAUCUCCUGAAGGUUACAAACAUUACAACUCCAAUCAGUGGAGCUACAGACAAGGUUAUGGUGGCUGGUCAACAGACAGCUUUGGGCACCAGUAUCAUGGCUACGGUGAAUAUGGCUCCAAUGAGUCCAAAGACAUCUUGGAUAUCUCAAACUACACCCCACAGAAAGCCAAGCGACAACCUUUUCAUGAAAGUCUAUCAGAAUCCUCCUCUGACUCUUCACAUCUUGGCUCUGCAGCCACUGGUAGUGGAGCUGGUUCCACGGGUGGUAUGUAUAAACACAGUGAUACUGUGUCUGUUAGUGGAGAGGGGGGACAGUCAAGUCUAUCAAGCCUGGAGAAGUUGAUGAUGGACUGGCAUGAGAGUGCUUCAGGGCCAUCAUAUAACUGGAGCCAGAAUGUCCUUUUCCAGGGUGGGGGCACAAGUAAACCUGGACGAGGACGCAGGAAACGGACUGAACAAGAAAAAGAAGGGGGCUCUGCUUUACACUCUGACUCCCCAUCAAGCCCCUCACCAACCCCAACUCCUGGACCAAAGCGAGGACGGGGCAGAGGGUCUAGAGGGGGUAGAGUGGGCUUGGCUUCAUGUCAUAGAGAGCGGCCAACAGGGGCAAAAGGCAGGGGCAAAGCUGCUUCUGUGUCAGCAGCGGGUGGAGCAGUGACUGCUGGAGGUCCAGAGGUGUCUGGAUUAUUCCAGGAGGGGCUGGACUAUUACAGCGGCGAUAGCAGCAGUCUCUCUCCCCUGGCCACUCCCAAUCCUGCACCACCUUCCACCUACCUUCAGGACCCCUGUGAGUAUCCUUCCCCUUAUUCUGCCCAUCCAUCCACACCUUCGUCUGAGGAGCGAUAUCCAGCUUUGUACCCUGGAGAGUCCUCCUCUUCCCUCUCACCCAGUGUCUCAUCUCCCCCUUACCCCCCUAAGCCAACCCCUCCUCCGCCCCAGUCCUACCACCCUGUCCCCUCCAGGACAUUCUCCCCAUCCUGUUCCCCCUCCCCGCGGGUAACCCCCCACUGUGGCACUGCACUCAGUCCCCAACACCGCCCUCCUCAAAAAGACCAACAGUUCUCGCAGUAUGACUCUCCCAGUUAUUGCAGUUCACCCUACUGGUACGGACAGACGUCUCACAGCAGCAGCCCAAGCCCUCACUCACACAGCACACACUCAAAUACAGCCAUACACACUCACAGCAACCCACACACAAGUCCUCAUGGAAAUACACAUAGUCAUCCCCUCGCCAGCCCAAAUGUUAACACACACACACAUAUUAAUCAGGCAAGCCAUGACACACACCAACACAAUGCACAGCAACUCAGCAACACCCAUCCCACCUCACACCUCCAGAGCAACUCCCUCUCCCACACAAACCCCAAUGGGAACAACACACUCAGCAACUCCAGCCUUUCGUCCCAUACACACUCCAACCCCAGUCAAAGCAUCCACUCACACUCAACUCCUGUGCUCUAUGGGGAGUGUAGCCCUCCUUCGACCUUGCACCCCAACAAACAGGAUUUGACUCCCCACUCCAUGAGCACAGGCCACCGCCAAGGCCCCUUGUCUCACUCUCCAUACCCCAAACCUUCCCUGGACUCCUCACCCCAUCAAGAGGACACUAGCGGCUUUUCCUUGUCCCACCAAUCCUACCAGGCCAUGGGACAGCGGUACCCCUCCCAGGCAGCUCAGGGAGGUGGUGUGUUGUGCCAACUCUUGGACCCAACCAAUGACGACAGCUUCAGCGUCACCAGCCUGUAACAACAGGUGCAUUCAAGCUUUUCCAGAUUUGCAAACAUUUUUUUCUUUUUUUCUUUCUUUGUGAGAGACUGUGAAUUGAAGGGUGAGAAUUUAGCUGCCAGCUUCGGACAGUAAAGCUUUAAUUCUCCAGCACUGACAAUCAAGAUCUGCAGCAACCUAGUACCUAAGCAUGAACACAUACACAUACACAUACACACAACCACAAACACACACAAACACAGACACGCAUGAGCAGAUUUAUCCACUACCUGAACAUGAAAAAAUGAAAUGUACAUGCGUACGCUCACUCGCACUCUCUACUGGAAUAAGAGAAUGGCUGAGAGGAGCAAACAGAGAAAUACUAGAUGCUGACGGACAGAGUGUAAACCUGUUUCCUCACCCCUUUGAGUCUUUCUGUAUCUACACAGAGGACUCUUUUUCCCACAAGUCUGUAUCUCAACCCAUGUUUCUGAUCCUGUUCUGUACAUCUGCAAUAUUGAAAUGCUAGGAUCACACUGCUAUCUCUCUUCCUGUGUCUUUCCUGUGUUUUUUCUCAACCUCCCCCCUCUGCUAAACCAGCAUAUGUGGUCUGCAACUGACCAAAACGUAAACCUGCAUUUCUGUCUUCGUGCCCCAGCCUGCAACGCAUCUGAGCCCAAAACUCCUUUUUAAAUGCCAUGAGCCUAGCAAAUGUCCUGCUCUGUGCACUCCUUGUGUCGUGUGCCAUAGGAGAAAAGUGGACUUAACCAGUUUCUGCUUUCGAAAAUACCAGCAUCUGUACAUACGACUUCAGCUCCAAGCCAGGGGCCCCCCUCUUCACUCUGAAGGUCCAUCAUCAACACACCCUCCUCGGAGUCCUGCCAUGGUAUCUCUGCUGGGGGGGGAGGACUGCAGCAUGGAGACCCAACAUCCUGUGUUUUGCUGUUUUAACUACAAGGGAAAGAGACAUUGAAAUCACAAAACGGCCCCAAAGAGACUGUGGUUUUCUGUGUGGGAAUGUGAAACAGAGAAGGGCGUGCUUGCGUGACUGAAGAAACGCAUGUAUUUGUGUGUAUGUAUGCAAUUAUGUGAGUUUGUGUGUGUGUGAGUGUGUGUGCGGCUGUGGGGUCAAAAUGAGUGAAACACCCCAGACACCAAAGUCUUGGCGGGGCCUCAUUCUUUCUUUCACUCUCUCCCUUCUUUUUUCUGUGGUCUUGUGUUGUUUGGUGAUUUUUGUGAUGAAAAAAUUGUAUAUCUGUCUGUUACAUAUCAUGUAUGUAUCUAAGGUGCAAAAUAUUUAAAUACACAUUCUGUUCUUGCCAUUGGUAA